UCCGUGAUGUCACAACACCGCCCUGGUGUUUUUGUGUUCCCAGCUCUCGGAAAAGCCUCUCGAUUUCUUUACCUGGUGGUCCUUUACCUUUGGGCCGGGAGAUAUCCAGACGUUUAGUCACGUAGUGCGGCGACGGGCGCGUGGUAGCUGACGCGUGUGGAGCGAUUGUGAUAAGGCUGACAUUGACCAGGGGUGGCCAGACGCGAGACACAGUCACCAGCGCGCGGAGCAGGCCCCGUCCGGGGAGCCCCCCCAAACCUGCGGUCCAUCAUGAAGUUCCAGUAUAAGGAAGACCAUCCCUUCGAGUAUCGGAAAAAGGAAGGUGAAAAGAUUAGGAAGAAAUACCCGGACCGGGUGCCGGUCAUCGUGGAAAAGGCUCCUAAAGCCAGGGUCCCAGAUCUGGACAAGAGGAAGUACCUUGUGCCCUCUGACCUCACCGUUGGCCAGUUCUACUUCUUAAUCCGGAAGAGGAUCCACCUGAGACCUGAGGACGCCUUAUUCUUCUUUGUCAACAACACUAUCCCUCCCACGAGUGCCACCAUGGGCCAGCUGUAUGAGGACAACCACGAGGAAGACUAUUUUCUGUAUGUGGCCUACAGUGAUGAAAGUGUCUAUGGAAAAUGAGGCAGAAGCCCAGCAGAUGGGAGCGCCUGGACUUGGGGGUAGGGGAGGGGUGCGCGUGGGACUUGGAACCAGAGGGCUGGCUCCCAACCAUGGAGGAGACGCAAGGUGAAGACAUCGGAAAACAUCAUCCCACACACACUGUCAUCUUUUUUUCACAAGCUCCAUUGUUAGUUUUCUCUGCUUCCUCAGCCCAGGAAGAACUUGGAUUGCAUUGGCUGUGAGAGCCAGAUGGGGACGACAUCAUCGUUCACAGCCUUGCUGUGAGUGUUCCUGCAGUUUCAUCAGAGGGUUGGGAGGAGGGAAGGUGGCCACUAGAGAAGAAUACAGUUCAGCAGCAACUCCUGUCUCUUUGGGCAGAGGUUUGAUUUUUGGCAUUUGCACAAGCCACAUAGGGAAAGGGGGAAAAUGCUUUAGGAGCUGUAGGGGACCAUACUAAGGGACCAAAAAAUACUCACUGUCAUUGAAGCAUUGUGACCCCUGACCUCUGUCUCCAAUUCCUCCCUCUCCUGGUCCUUUUCUUCCUUCCACACAGGUGUCAUAGCACCACCCCAGAUGUGGCAGUGGACAUUCGCACAAAUGUUUAGAUGGAGUUUUUUUGGGAAAUAGAGUUGUGCAGAAACGUGGUUAUGAUUGCCGGUAGAUUGAAUGGCAUUAAACUGGAGUUCGGGGUUGGGCAUCUCUGCUCCUCAUCCCAUAAGAACCUUAGAAUUUCAGGAGCCUCAGGAUCAGUCCUCUAGCAUUUCCUUUAGCUUUCUCAUGUGCUGGGUCAGUGUGUCUACGUGUGGAAGGUUCAGGGCACAAGGUAAGCAAGAUUACCCACCUGCCACUUACCCUCCCCCUGCUGCGGGCUCUUCAGUCUCACAUGCACUGGAAUGCUAAGUGAUUGGCCAGCCGUUUGCCUCCAUGCCAUCUGCUCUUCAGGAAAGAUGGAGUGAGGACUGCAGGGUUUCAUGGGGAGUUUUACUCAUUCAUUUUCAUUUAGCUAUGUGGGGAGGGGGGGGGAGCCGGAAUUGCACUCACACAUGACAUUUCAAUUCAUCUCAACACAUGAGGAGCGUCCUCCCUGUUGGGAGCAAUGUGUACGUCUGCUCUGUCAGCUGCAGGUUCCGAUUCUUUGAAGUCAAUGAUGCAGGCCAGGAAAAUAAAAUAAUUGCUUACCUUAAAAAUCUACCUGAA